AUGGUUGUCUUUGUCAGCGAUUGGUACCACGACACGAGCACAUUCAUCUUGGGCGAACAACUGUCGACCAGGGGAUAUAAUGAAAGUUUUGCAGCUCCAUCGCCCAAUUCAGCAAUUUUGAAUGGGGUUGGAUUUUUCGAUUGUCAAAGAUACGCACCUGGGAGGCAAUGUCAAACCCGUUCCCAGCCUUUGGAGUUACUAGUUAGACCGAAUGCCAAGACGAGACUUCGUCUUGUCCAGUCAAGUUCACAUGCGCUCUUCAGGGUUUCGGUGGAUAACCAUCGCUUGGAUAUUAUUGAAGCCGAUGCGACCCCUGUCCAAAACCGGUUUCAAAUGGAGCGCGUUCAAAUUCAUGGAGGAGAGAGAUAUAGCGUUAUUCUGGACACCGCCAACGAUCGAGAGGGCGAUGCCUUCUACUUGAGAGCCGCUAUCGAUACCGAUUGUCUUGCCUGGAUUGCCCCAGGGUUGGAUACCCCAGCAGGAAAUACUGCGAGGGCAGUGAUUCGAGUAACAAAUCAAAAGACUUUGCCCGGAGCCUCACUUCCACUACCAAGGGAUUCUGAUUGGCCUCCUAGCUCGAUCGGAACGUGUUACGACGUCGACAGCUCGGCACUCGUACCCCGGAUGAAGCCUCCACCCAUGACAGAUGUCGUGGGAAGUGUCUAUUUCAAUGUUAGUUUUGGAACCAUUGUGGUUGCGGAUCAAGUCACAGCUUCAGAGCGAAGAGUACUCGGGCGGUUCUUUGUAGACAAUACGACCUAUAUUGCACAAUUGCAAAGACCUCUCCUUCAUCACAAGUUGCAAGGUGGCCAAGGCUGGUUAAAUUCUUCAGAAGUGGCAUCUGAAACCCUACCAACCCCCGGGGUUUGGGACAUCGUGAUAAAUAAUUUGGAUGUGGCCCGCGAACACCCAUUUCAUCUUCAUGGAGUGGAUACUUGCCUUGUUGCAAGAGGCCCAGGUGCUUUGCACUCAAAAGCCGCAAACAUACAAUAUAACACAGAGACUCCGGUUUGUAGAGACGUACAUGUGCUCCCAGGAAACACCUACAGUGUUUUGAGAGUGCAAGCCUAUAACCCUGGUGUUUGGUUCUUCCAUUGCCAUCUGGGUUGGCAUCUUGGUGCAGGCUUUGCAGGAGUUGUUGUGCUACAACCGGAUGUGUUGGCACAAUGGCAACUUCCACCACAGAGUCGAGCAUUAUGUCAAGUGCAGAAUCCAAUAAAUAUAUAGCAUGGGGAAGAAAAUCAUAAGGGCGGAAAGGCAAGUGGAAGGCUAGAUGGACUUAAAUCUGUACUAGUUGAAUGCAUGUAUUUGUAAGCACUUAUCAUGAUUGCCUUUAAGACAAUCAGGCAUGUGUACAUAUUUCCUCCAUGUAGAAUUUCUAGGCAUUUUAAGAACAUUUUGGGGAUUAUGACAAAAUUUUGGAUACACAGUGAAAUAAAAACAUACACAAAUUGAACUUGAGUGGCAAUUUUCUAUAUAAAGAAACCUGU